AUGAAUAGAAUAGAUAUGAAUAAAUUUCAACAAAAAAUAGUUUUAAAUGAAUCAUUAGAAGAAAAAAAAAAAUUCUAUUUGAAUUAUUAUGAAUCUAUAAAUAAUGACAAUCAAUAUAUAAUUUAUUCUGGAAAAAUAAAUGAUUUUUCAUCAUCAUUUUGGAUUGAACGAAAAUGGAUAUUUUAUGUUGAAAUUAACUUUCUCAAUAUUGAAUAUAAAAUUCGUCCAUACAAUAAAAAAUGGUAUGAAGAUAGAAAUGAAAAUAUAAUUAAUUAUUCUACUAAUUUGACAUUAAAAUUUAUUUAUGAUUCUAUAUUUGAAGAAAUUGAACGAACUUUAACAAUAACAAGGAUUUAUCAUUUAGAAAUUUUUGAAAAAGAAAUCUCAAUUUCUAUAUUGAUUCGAAUUCUUAAUCUAUUAUCACAAAUAAUUACAUUAAAAGUUCAUUCAAUAUUAACAGACGGAACAACAGAAAUUACUUUUGAAGAACUUGAUAUUGUCUGGUCAAUGAAAGAGAUAAGUAAAAUUACCAAGGUCUAUCUUAAACAGAUUGAUAAUAUUGAACAACUUGAUUUUAUUUUCGAACUUUGUCCUUAUAUGGAAUAUUUUAAAGUUGGAUUUAUAAAUUUGUUGGAUAUUCAAUUGUUUUUUCAUACUAUUUUCAAUAAUAUUAAAUAUAAUAAUCAUCAUCCUAAUUCGUUAUGUCUUAAUAUUCCAACAGCAGAUGAUAAAAUACUUGAAGAUAUUAAAGAAACAAUUAAAUAUGAAAAUCUAUCUCCUUUUAUAAUUAAACGUGUAUUAGAUAAUGUUUAUUUAAAAUGGAAAUGA